GCCCACAUUCGUACUGUCAUGGUCACUGGCGACAACAUUUUAACAGCUGUUAAUGUAGCAAAGAGCUGCAGGAUGAUUGGAUCUGAUGAGAAAGUGAUUUUUGUCACUGCAACCCCCCAAACUGCUCAGUCUGUGCCCACUUUGAGGUUCAGCCUAGAUAACGAAGGAGCUCCAAACUCCACAGAUGUCACGGAUCAG